ACGGGCAAAGGGAGAGAGAGAGAGACACGUGAUGAGUUUGGUGAUCAGGUUGAACUGAGAGGGAGGGAGGGAGUGAGUGUGAGAGAGAGGAGAGGAGGGAGAGGCGCAGCGCAGGAACCCACUGACUAACCCUCACUGUUAUCUUUGCAAUCCAGGAGGAAGAGGAGGAGGAGGAGAGGGAGCCAUCACCAUCUCCUGAUGUCUCGGCGGAAACAAACCAACCCCAACAAAGUCAACCUGGCGGACAAUGGGUCAGAGGAGAAGGUUGAUGCGGGCCAGAUCUCUCGUGCUGAACUGACGACGUCAGCUGAUGGGAGCGAAGACCAGGAAGCUGACGUUGAUGUCCAACCUAAAGCUCAGAGUGGAAGCGGAGAUGACGAGCCGGAGGUGAUUGUGCCCGCGGAGGGGGGAGCGGGAGUUUUGCAAAGCAAUCCGGAAGGCGAUGACUUGUCCUCGGUGAAGUCCAUGAUGUCAACGGUAAUGAGUGUGGGAAACCUGAGUGCGGAGGUGGGCAAGCCUCCAAGUGACAAGAGCCCCUCGAAGGUCGCUGCCUCUACGCGGAAAAUCAAGCAGGAAACCAAAGAAGAGAAGUCUGCCUUCGUCUGCCCAUUAUGUGGGAAGAGCUGCGGGACCCAGCACCAGUUAACUAUGCACAUUCGACAGCACAACACAGACAGCGGAGGGAACAACCAUUCCUGCAGCAUCUGCGGCAAGUCCCUGAGCUCGGCCAGUUCACUGGACCGGCACAUGCUGGUCCAUUCUGGGGAGCGGCCCUACACCUGCUCGAUCUGCCAGCAAGCCUUCACCACCAAUGGUAACAUGCACAGGCACAUGAAGAUCCAUGAGAAGGAGCCCCCCCUCAAUGGGGCCUCAAGCCCCCCGUCGCCCAGCAAGCGCCGAAGACUCUCGGUCAAGAGGAAACUGAGCCAAGAGGAAGGCGAGUCGAAGGAGGAAGAGUCUCCCAGCAAAAAGGUUAACCGAGAGAAUGCCUCCGACACAGAGGAAGAGAAGAAAAGCGAGGAGAUUCUUCACUGCCCCGUGUGUCUCAAGACUUUCAUCUGCAAGUACGGCCUGGAGUCCCACAUGGAGACGCACCCUGACUCCACCUUGAGGUGUAGCCUGUGCUGCAUUUCCUUUAAGACCCACCGCGGUUUACUCCGACAUAACGCCAUGAUCCACAAGCAGCUUCCGACAGAUGUUUCCGGAAAGCCUUACAUCCAGAACAAUCCCACCAUUCCAGUGGGCUUCCAUGACCUUGGAUUCAUCGACUUCUCCUGCAGGAAAUUUCCCCUCAUUUCCCAGAUGUGGUCGGAGGUGAACCUGCGGCGGUGCACCAGUAAGUUCCAUCGCUUCGUCUGCGAGAUGUGCAACAAGGCCUUUCCGAUGCUCGCUGCCCUGAACCUGCACAUGAAGACUCACCAGGGCCCGCUGGAGGAGGGGCAUGCCAGGCCCGAGGCCCAGUGGGCAGCCGAGGCCGACGCCGAGCAGAAAGCCUUCAUGGCCUCCUUGGGCCUGCAUCACACCAAAGAAGUGCGGGCCACGAAGCAGGAGGAGAGCACCGAAUUCGACAUCCGCAACAUUUGGGUAGAGACACCCCAGUGGAACCUACCUCAAGAGGCCAACUGCGCCACCAUGAAGAGCCAGCCCGCCUUGGACCUUGCUUCUUUGGGAGCCACCCUCUCCUCGCUUUCCCCGCACCAGGACAAGGUCAAGAUCUUGUCCUUGCAACCAUUCCAGAAGGGCUUUAUAAUCCAGCCCGACAGCAGCAUUGUGGUGAAGCCCAUCUCCAGCGAGUCUGCCAUAGAACUGGCUGACAUCCACCAGAUCCUCAAAAUGGCCUCCUCAGCCCCUUCUCAGAUCAGCCUCCCCCCGCUAUCUAAGGCGCCCUCCAUCUCCACGCAAUCCAUGUACAGGCAGAUGCCUCCACUGAAGCCAAAGCCCCUGGCCACGCCAUGCACUCUGGUGGUGGCUUCCACGCCCACCUCGCUGAUGAGUGCCCAGCAGGCAUCCCCUGGGCACAACACCCCCAACCUCCCUCCCCCUCCUCUGAGGCUGGUGAAGUCAUUGGCCGAGUCCACCUCCCGACCCCAGGACCUGAAGCUAAAGUCGGCCAAUGGGACCCAGCCCUUCCUCCAACCCAAGAUCGAGCCCUUGAGCCCCAUUGAGAUGAAGACCCAGCUGGAGCAAGACAGCAUCAUCGAAGCAUUGAUUCCCACGGAGAUUAAUGGGUCCAUCAAGCAGGAGGUGCUGGACGGGGACUUCAAGGCCAUGAUGGCUGGGAUGUCGAGCAAGAAAGGAACAGCGCUGAAGAAGGUUUUGUACCCCUGCCGCUUCUGUGACCAGGUCUUUGCCUUCUCUGGGGUCCUGAAGGCUCACAUCCGCUCACACCUGGGCAUCUCCCCGUACCAGUGCAACAUCUGCACCUACAUCGCCGCCGAUAAGGCGGCGCUGAUCCGGCACUUGAGGACGCACAGUGGCGAGCGGCCAUUUGUCUGCAAGAUCUGCCACUACCCCUUCACGGUGAAGGCCAACUGCGAGAGGCACCUGCGUAAGAAGCACCUCAAGGUGAGCAGGAAGGACAUCGAGAAGAACAUCGAGUACGCGGAGUGCCGGGCCGGAGGGCUGGCCGAUUCCUUCCGCUCGCCCGACACCGUCUGCAAGUACUGCGGCGAGGACCUGAAGUACUACCGGGCUCUCCGCCACCACCUGAGGACCCACAGCAGCUCGCAGAAGAAGCCCUUUGAGUGCAAGGAGUGCAGCGUGGGCUUCUCCACCAAGAACAACUGCAUCCGCCACAUCCUCAAGCAGCACAGCCACGUGGAGGAGAAGGAGAUUGAGAAGCACAUCUUGUCGGUGGACUGCCUCCUGGGAGAAAACGGCACCGUGUCCCCAACCCUCUCCGAGGAGAGCUUCUCUGCAGGAGGCUCCCCGCUCUCGUACCGGGAGUCCCAGAAUGGGUUCUUGCAUGGGCUGAUCCCACCAUCCUCCAUAAAGGCGGAGCCACUUGGUGUCUUCUCCGUGCACUCAGAGGAGCCCCUGGAUUUUUCACAGAAGAGCAAGCCGGUGCCGCUGCCCUCGUACAGGCAGGAGAGCCACCUACUCAAGAGGUUCACCUUGCCAGCCGUUCGCUACGACAGCACCAUGGAACCCAUCGAUCUGUCGGUCCCUAAAAACGUGGGCAAGGAGCAGGUCACCACCACCAGGGAGGUGAAGGAAGAGAGGCCCCCAGAUGGGCACGGAGGUGCAGCCAGCGGCCAACAGCACCCCCCUGCCCUUCAGCCAAAGGUCACCCCCGACAAGCAGGCGGCCGCACAGGUUUCCCCGCCUCUGCAGGGCUUGGUCCCCACCCCGGGCCCAGUCGCUUUCCCGGCCGUGGUUGCCAGCAGCAACCUCCUGCGCCCACUGCGGCCCAAGCCCACCCCGCCCUUGCUGUUGCCCAAGCCCGUGGUGGCGAAGGAGCUGCCGCCCCUGGCCUCCAUAGCUCAGAUCAUCUCCUCCGUCUCGUCAGCCCCCGCCCUGCUGAAGAGGGAGGCGGCGCCCUCCACUGAGGGCGCUCCGGCGAUCCCCCCGCCCCAGCAGGCAGAUGAGCCGAAGGGCGGGCCUCCGGCCAAAGCCUCACCCCAGGCAGAGCCCAGUACCAAGGUGGCGGCUGCCCACCAGCCCGCGGCAAGAGCCCCCUUUGGUGGGAUGGCCCCGGGCAAGAGGAGGGGCCGGAGGAGGGGCAUCAAGUACAAGAAGAUCCGGCCCAGCCUGAGCGGCGGCUCAGAGCCUGAAUCCAGCGGGGAGUUCGCCAGCGUGGAGAAGAUGCUGGUCACCACGGACACCAACAGGUUCAGCCUCUUCCUCCAGUCCACUGCAGUGAAGGAGGAGCCUGGCAGCGAGGAGAAAAGCCCAGAGCCAAAGGAAAAGAGGGGAGUCAAGAUCUUGAAGGGGAAGAAGAAUUCCUAUUCCAACUCCGUGCAGAAAAUCACCUGCCCUUACUGUCCUCGAUUGUUCCCUUGGGCGAGUUCCCUACAGCGCCACAUGUUGACACACACAGGUCAGAAGCCAUACCCAUGCCCCAAAUGUGACGCGUUCUUUUCCACUAAAUCUAACUGUGAACGCCAUCUCUUGCGCAAACAUGGUGUUGCCAACCGAUCCCUGCGAAGGAACGGGCUGCUUGUCAGAUCCAAAUCGGCUGAUGCAAUGGCCCAGGAGAGCACAGGUAGUCACCCGGGCCCUGAGGAGGAACAGGCAGCACGCCCAGAUUCGCCGGAGGGAGCCCCGUGCUGCAGCUCCCCAGGAGUGGUGGAGGAGCCGCGGCAGGAGGGGUCACUGGACGAAGAGGACGGCAGGAAGGAGCGAGGCAAGGAGGGCAAGGCGGAGGAGGAAGAGGAGGGCGAGGAGGAUGCGCAGAGCAACAAGAGCCUAGACCUCGACUUUGCCAGCAAGCUGAUAGACUUCAAGCUGGGCCACAGCCCGAGCGGGGGUCCCGGCGCACAGCAGGAGGGCAGGAACACCUGCAGCAGCUGCGGGAAGACCUUCAAGUACACAGCCACGCUGCUGCGCCACAGGAAGGCUCACACCGGGGAGCACCGGAGGGAAGGCAGGCCUGGCAAGCGAGGCCCCAGGCGGGCGGCCGAGGAGCUGCUGGCUCAGGCGGCCGAGAGUCCCGAGCCGCCCAAGGCCAGCAGAGACGCCAAGCCAGGCGGCGAGGGGGCAGCAGAGAGCGGGCGUGACCUGGACAAGGAGGGCGAGCCAGAGAGUGCAGGCGGGCAGGACAGCGAGCAGAGUGCGGGUGAGGCGCCCGGCGAGCAGCCCGAGCUGAAGAAGGCCCCGGCCAAUGGCUCGAAGGCCGACAAGAGGAAGAAGAUCUGCAGCGUGUGCAACAAGAGGUUCUGGUCCCUGCAGGACCUGACCCGUCACAUGAGGUCACACACAGGGGAGAGGCCCUACAAGUGCUUGACCUGCGAGAGGACCUUCACGUUGAAGCACAGCCUCGUCCGCCACCAGCGCAUCCACCAGAAGGAAACCGUGGUGGCCAAGAGGCGGCUGGGGGCGAAUGACGACUCACUGUCCAAGGGCGAUGACGACAGCGAGAGUGAGAGUGAGCAGGCCGCCUACGGCCAGGCGUCCGACAACGAGAAUGAGGCCAUCACUGGCCUGAGCCUCGGCAACGACUCGCCGCCCCCGCUGAGCCUGGCGGGCAGCCCGCUGCGGCGGACGGUGAGCCACUCGCCCAGCAAGGCCGCCGAUCGAGACGGCACGCUCCAGGCAGCAGUCAACGGAGUGCGGCAAGGAACAUUCCUCAUUCAGGGCAGCGACCAGGAGCCAAUAAAGAGCUCGGAGAAGGUGCUGGUGGGCUCGACGGGCCCCACGGACAUGAUCCAGAACCUGCUGGGGAUGCGUGGCGACCUGCCGAUGAACCACGUGCGCAGCUCGGUGGAGUCCGCUCCACGCCUGCUGGGAGUGGAGUAAGCCCCCCGCUCAGAAAGGACCCCGGGUUUGGUCUCUCGCACACUGGGCCACAAGUCCUUUUCACCUCUGACCCUCUGACGUCCUUGCAGCACCAGGCAGGGCGGGGGCACUGUCCUCCCCCAUUGUGUGGAGGGCCGGGCUUUGUGAUUCGGUUCUGGUGCUGCAGAAAGCCUUAAACACUGGAGCAUGAGGAAUCCAGUGCAACUCUCACAGACUGCAUAUCAUACCUUCCAAGUGCCUUACUACCUGAUUACUGCGCACGUCACAAUUCUGUUAAAAUCGCUCAAAUAUUCAAUAGAAAUAAGAACAUUACAACCACAGGCAGCAGCCUCCUGAGAAAGAUCCUGGAGUAUGAAAUCCCUGUACAAUGCAAUUUUUAGAAAUCAGAUUUAAAAACACCUAAUUGUGGGGCAUCCUAAUGCACUUGGGUAAACUACACUUGGACUCUUGUUGAGGAACUACUGAACUAAGUCUUCCAUUAAGGCCUUACAGUGAACAAUCACACUGACAAUCUUUGGGAAGUUGAUCAUCCAUAAUGUAACAAAUAUAGGGGCAAAAUAGCAAUGAUAACAUUUUUUUUACUUUGGGCAAAGCAACCAGCAUUUUGUUCUUCAUUUAUGACAUGCAUUACAAUGCAGUCUUGAUUUUGUGAAUGGGUCUUUAAGAUGUAGUUUGAGAUGGUGGAACUUAAUGGCUAUAAUACAAGGAGUAUCAACUGGCUUCCACAGAAUCCCCUCCAUUCUGAUUGUGCAUUGGGUUGCUCUAGAGUCAAGGAAAUGACAAAGAAGGUGAAAUGAACUAGGAGUGGAGGUUUUUUUUGUUAAAUCUUAUAUCAGUAUAACAUUCAAUACAAUUUUUUUUAAUGAGUCUGCUCAGUAUGUUUUAACACCACCCCCUCACCCUUGCCCCAUUGUUCUGGUGGGGACAAGCCAUUAAUUGACUCUAUAAUACAGAACAGUAGCAAGAGAAACAAAUCUCCCAGUGUCAGGCAGAGUGUGUUCUAGCAAUAAUCACUAUUGAUUUCAAGCUUUAUGUAGUAUCUGUCUGCACGAACAAUAGUUUUUAUAUGGCCUUGCCACAUUUUAUUGAUAUUUCUAUUAGUGGAUUUUGAUGUUUGAUUGAGGUAUCUGUUAACUUUCUUUUCAAAAACUGUGAAAAGGAAAAAAUCCUUUUGCGCUGAAUUAUGGGUGAAUCUUAGACUAGAUUGCAUGUUGGAACUAAUUUGUCUAUCAGUUAUUUGUAAUUUUCACCGUCGCUCUCAGGGCUUUUAAAAAAAGAUUGCAUAUACUAAAUCCCUUUUCUAGUGUUCCAAAUUUCUUCCACUUUAAGGACUUGAAGCUGAGAGACAAUUCAAUCACUACAUGAAGCACUUGACGGUGAAAGAAAGGAUUAUAAGUGGUUUAGAGCUCGUUCAGACAAAAGAGGGAAAACAGUCACUUCACUGCACCGUGAUUAAAAAGCUUUUUAUUAUCAGAGGUUUAGUGAAUUUUUGUCUAUUUUCAGAAGGAAAAACUUUAAUGGGGGAAGUAAAAGAAUAAAAGAGUAAUGCAUUAAUCCAGAAAACAUUUUUUAAAAAUCCAGAAUCCAUAUUUUUUUUGUAAAGGGAACCUUUACUGCUGCUAAAUGUUAUGUACACAUCUGGUUUAUGCUACAUGAACAGAGAAUCACAGAGUUUUGGUACUUAACUUCCAAUGCAAAAUUUAUAGCUGUUCUGUAUCAAACCAUCUAAGCAAUAAAAUGUUAUACUUGUU